AUGGCGAGAGGGAAUAACACCGAUGAAGCCCCGGUUAUAAUUCCUGCAAUUACGGGAAAUAUUACUUAUGAUAAUCCCUUGUUCACAAUGCCUAAAUUUCUUACCCCAUACAAGAUCCCAAUUCUAUCUUAUACAGCUUCUCUAUUUAGUACUGCAGUGGGCUUCCCAUUAGAUUCCAUCAAAACAAGGAUGCAAACACAUACAUUUAGGAAUGCUUAUCAAUGUUUCAAAUAUACAAUACACAUAGAAGGAGUUCGUGGUUUAUUUAGAGGAAUCGUUGCUCCUUUAUUAUCCACCUCGUUUUCAAGAUCGCUUGGCGUUACGAUAUUUACCGACGCAAAGCCCAUAGUAUCAUCGGCAUUAUAUCCAAUAUGGGGAUAUGAACCUUUAAUUUCUAGCAAAAAAGCAUCUAAUAAACAAUUGGCUGCUGUGAUUAAUAAUAUGCCAGUCUCAUUUAUAUCUGGGGGAAUUGCUGGUGCUGUAGUUUCGACAUUUGCAUGCCCAUUUGAACUUACAAAGAUAUUUCAACAAAUUAUAAUGCUUGUGAACUCAGAUACAGCAAUGAAUAUGACAUCUGACCGUCUUCCCACCAGUUUGCUUGAUGUGACAAAAUCCAUUAUAAAGUAUGAAGGUGUUUCUGGUUUGUAUUCCGGAUUUAGAUAUCACAUUUUAAGGGAUUCAUGCUCUUCCGGCCUUUUCUAUGGCAUAUAUGAAACGGUGAAAUUAGGACUUCAAUCAUUGAGCGCAAAAGCAAAGGAGGAUAAUUUUAUUGACGAGUCCUUCAAAAGCAAUUUUGACGUUAUAUGUGUGCCUGUUGCUGGUGCGCUGGCCGGUUGUAUGUCCUGGAUAACUGUUUUUCCUAUAGAUACUGUGAAAGCACAAUAUCAGAGAGAUAUAGUUGGAAACAUAAUCAGGGCUCAUUCAGGGUUAGGGAAAAUACCAGUUGUUGCAAAAAGACUUCGUUUUCCUACACGGGAUAUGUACAAAGGGUUGGGACCAUCAAUUACCAGAUCAAUUCUUAUCACAACCAUAUUUUUUAGUUUAUUCGAAGGUCUGAUGAAAAACAUUGCCUAA